AUGGCGAGCACGGCGGGCGGCCCGACAGCACUGCAGGCACUGACGGGCUGCCUGCUGGGCGUCCUGGUGCUGGGCACGCUGGCGGGCAAUGCUCUGGUGUGCCUGGCUGUCCUGCGCUUCCGCCACCUGCGCACAAAAGUCACCAACUGGUUUGUGCUCUCGUUGGCCGUCUCUGACCUCUGCGUGGCCAUCCUGGUGAUGCCUUGGAAGGCAGUCACUGAGGUGGCCGGUGGCUUCUGGCUCUUCGGCAGCCACUUUUGUGACACCUGGGUGGCCUUUGACAUUAUGUGCUCCACCGCCUCCAUCCUCCACCUCUGCAUCAUCAGCCUGGACCGGUACUGGGCCAUCGCCAGCCCCUUUCGCUACGAGCGCCGGAUGACGCAGCGUCUGGCCUGCGCCAUGAUCGCCCUGGCCUGGGCCCUCUCCAUCCUCAUCUCCUUCGUCCCCGUGCAGCUGCACUGGCACAAAACCAAGGACAGAAGGCACCCCAGCUCCCUCUGCGAUGUCAGCUUGAACGGCACCUACGCCAUCACCUCCUCCCUCAUCAGCUUCUACAUCCCUGUGGCCAUCAUGAUCGUCACCUACACCAGGAUCUAUCGCAUUGCUCAGGCCCAGAUCCGCCGCAUCUCCACCCUGGAACGAGCAGGCGGGCAGUGCCCAGCCCACAGCAAGGAGCCUGCCUCCAAUCUGCGGAGCUCCCUGCGCAAGGAGACCAAGGUGCUGCAGACCCUCUCCAUCAUAAUGGGAGUCUUUGUUUGCUGCUGGCUGCCCUUCUUCCUGCUCAACUGCAUGCUACCUUUCUGCCAGCCUGAGAGCGACAGCAAAGGGCAGCCACCAUGUGUCAGCCAAACCACCCUCAACGUCUUUGUAUGGUUUGGCUGGGCCAACUCCUCAGUGAACCCAGUCAUCUAUGCUUUCAAUGCAGACUUCCGUCGGGCUUUCAGCAACCUGCUGGGCUGCCAGUCCCUCUGCUGCAGCACCACCAGGGCUGCAGUAGAGAGAGUCCACCUCAGUAACGAGCUGGUCUCCUACCACCAGGACACCACCUGCCAAAAGGAGGGAGCCACUGCCACCAUGCCACCCACCACUGUCACAGCCUGGGUGCAGCCCGAGCCCCAUGCAGUGAGUCCUCAGCAGGAAGACAGAGAGGAGCUCCCCAUGGAGAAGAGGCUCAUGAGUGCGCCAACACAGGCUAUCCCAGGCAGCAGCCCCAAGUGUUGUCGUGUGACAGCCACUUUGCAACUGGACUAUGGGUCAGAGCUGCCCCUGGAGACUAUUAAUGCCUUUACAGGGCUUGACAGGCAUGAGAGACACCGUCACCCCAUUCCAGAGGGAUAA